AUGGAAGUGAAGGUGUCUGUGGACGGUAUCCAGCGUGUUGUCUGUGGCAUUACUGAAGAAACAACAUGCCAAGACGUGGUUGUAGUCUUGGCUCAAGCAUUGGGUAUGUACAGUAUUUCUGUGGCCUUAUAGGGUUAGAGGUUUUACAGUCUGUCAUGCUGAAAAUCAAGCUGUGUUCUUCGCCUGUAGGUCAACCAGGACGCUACACAUUACGAGAGAAAUUCAAAGACUUUGAGCGGUGCAUGACCCCUGAUGAACACCUUCUGGAAACCCUCAAGAAGUACGGGGAGCAAGCAAAGGAGGUCCAACUCACACUUCUCCACAACCGACCUUCAGUCUUGGAUGAUUUAAGUAAGACAAAAGUUGGCAGAUACCAGCCCUGCCCACCAAUGAGAAGAAAGGAUGCCGGCCCGAGGAUGCGGCGGGGAAGCAGCUCACUUAGUUUGCAUCGUCAAAGUUUGCCGCCGUUGUCCUGUUCGAGACAAGAGGUAGAUCCGCAAAAAGAAGAACUGAAAAGACCUAAAAGAAAGUCUUUGACACUCAUGGAGGAGGCCUGGGAGUGGCUGGAGAGUCUGGGGAAAGGAAAGGUCUAUAGUACUGCAGGCGAUAAAGAAAGCAGUAAGAAGAGUGACAGAAGGAAUCGAGCAUCUUUGAACGUCACUCUUGCUGUCGACAAAGAGGACUUAAGUCGAAGCAGCAGAAGCAAAAUCAGAGGCCAAAAAGGUUUAAGUUCAGACUUGGACAAUCAAACAUCCUGCUGCAUGGGGAGUCCAACGAAGGAGAAAGAAAGCAAACACUCCAAGAAACCUCAAGAUGCAAGAUCUGAUGAGGUGUCAAUCCUUAGAUGUGCUCCGACCGAAGACGAGAAGGUAAAACUCAGAGAGAGAAUAAUAAACCAGCUGGGCUAUCUGCAGGACUUACAGGUCCAGAUUGCACACAUAGACAAGCUGAUUUCUGAACUCGAGGAAAGACAGAAGAUCAAACAAGCCAAACAAGAGGCAGAGCAGAGGAUGGCUGAAGAGGAGAUGGCGCAGAUCCAUUUUUGGGAGAACGAGUUAAGAGCAGAGGAAGGUUUUGAGAGAGAUCUGCAGUGUCAGUUCCUCGAGAUGAGGACAAAGGCUGUGGGGGUCAAAGCCAAACUGGAGGACUACAAGCGGCGAAUGCGAGGACUGGACUAUUUUGCACCACAAGCUGCCCAUCAAGAGGAUUUAGGGGCCGCUUCAGGAGCUGCAUCUGAGAUUUCAGCUGCUUCAGUUAAGGACCAAAAUCAGCAACGAUCUCAUCCUGAAGUAAAUGUAAAUACUAACAGGAAGUUUCCACCCAGAGAAGACUCGUACCCUCCUCAUGCUCUAGUUACACCAAGUCAGAUAAAGGAGCGACGGCCCACAGGACCCACCGAGCUCAGGGAGUGGUGGACACGCUGGUCUGAAGCUCAAAGCCCUCAGUCACAGACUAAAAAGAAGAUGAUUCACCGUUCUGAGCUCACCAUUUAUCUGGGCAGCACUAAGGUCUAG